GGAGGUUUUCCUGCUUUUCCUAGUCCUACAUAUUCUAAACCACAAAAUAUGGUCUAUUGUUUUCCUAUAAUUUUGUUUCCUAUCACAACAUUUCUCAUUCUGACCAUCUUAAUAUUCGUAUUCUUGAUUCUCCUUAAACGUAAGGAUGAAAAAGCUAAACCCGAGACAAGGGCAACCAAGGCCAGAGAUGUGUUUUCAAUUUGGAAUUAUGAUGGAAAAAUUGCAUUUGAAGAAAUGAUUGAAGCAACCGAGGACUUUGACAUCAAAUACUGCAUUGGAAAUGGGAGUCAUGGUAGUGUUUACAGGGCACAACUACCAAAUGGUAGGGUAAUUGCUUUGAAGAAGCUACACAGUUUAGAAGCUGAGAAGACAACUAUCCUUAACAAUUUCCAAAAUGAGGCUCAUAUACUAUCCAAAUUACGACAUCAGAAUAUUAUUAAGCUUUAUGGAUUUUGUUUACAUAAAAAAGGCAUGUUUUUAAUUUAUAAGUACAUGAAGAGGGGAAGCUUGUUUUCUGUUCUACGAAACAAUGAUGAAGCUAUUGAGUUGGAUUGGAGUAAAAGGGUAAACAUUGUUAAGAAUAUUGCUCAUGCUUUGUCUUACUUACAUCAUGACUGCACUCCAUCAAUCGUUCACCACGACCUACCAAGCAACAACAUUCUACUAAACUCAAAAUUGGAAGCAUUUGUUGCUGACUUUGGAUUGGCUAGACUUCUACAUCCUGACUCUUCCAAUAGAACCAUAUUAGCUGGAACUUAUGGAUAUAUAGCCCCAGGUGAAGUACUCAGUUACUCUUCUCAUAGAUAUUUGUGA